AUGCUGGAGAACCACGUGGAGCACAUAUCAUCGCACAAUGAUGUUGUGAGGACUGAAAGGAACCUUAAACCGACGGAGCGUCGCGCGGUGUUCGAGCAGCUGCUAGAACGAUCCAUUGGUGGAAAGCUCCCGUACGGAGCAAUCCGAGAUGUGGCACGUGUGUACUGUUGCCAUUCUCGAACAAUUGUACGCAUUUGGAAGCAAGGACGACUCUCUCAAAGCCGCAACCAUGGACUUGCGGAUGUCGCGGCAAAAAUGAAGGGAAAUUCUGGACGCAAGAAAACCCGGACCGCCGAGGAAAUCAAAGCCGCUGUUCAAGGGGUCCCUCAAUACCAUCGGCAGACGUUGCGAGCGUUAGCUGCGAAUUGCCAUGUACCAACGACUACCCUCGUCCGCCACAUGAAGGAGCACGGGAAGCUGAAGGCCCGGAGCAGCUACGUCAAGCCCAUGCUGACAGAAGAGAACAUCGGCACAAGGCUUGCCUUCGUGAAGAGCUUCCUGCGACCCUUGUCAGGUGGGACCAUUGGCUUCUCCAAUAUGCACGAUUUGGUGCAUAUUGAUGAAAAAUGGUUCUACCUGACAAGAGUCAAAAAGAAGUUCUAUGUCUAUGACGACGAAGAAGUUGCAGCAAGGUUCGUCAAGUCGAAGAGCUUCAUUACCAAGGUCAUGUUUCUGGGCCGCGGGUUCUUUAACUCUAUUCAAAGUCUACAGCAUCAAAAAUGCACUCGAACCAUCGAGGAACUUAUUGAUGCUGUCAAAACCGCGUUCUUUGAGUUGCCAAUGGACACUGUAUCAAAAACAUUCAUAACGUUGCAAAAAGUGAUGCAAAUGUCUAUGGAAAUGCUGGGAAGCAACAACUACAAACUUCCACGCAUGAAAAAGGACGCUACCAUUGCCAACUUUGCCGCGUAUAAUGUUCAAUGUGAUGCAUCGAGUCUUGAAGGCGCACUUCUUCACUUGGAUCUACGCCUUGGAGAUGAGUCUCAACUUGAGGAUCUGGUCAAUUCGCACGAAUAA